UAUAGGUAGGGCUACAGAGGCAGACAGACAGAUGUGUGAUGCUCAGACUCAACCAUGGGGCCGUUUUCCUUCGCCUGUGUGAAGAUAAACUUUUACCCACCCUCGCAUCUUUUCGCCGUGAUCGUGUAGAGCUCUUAUUGAUGCCAACUCGCUGCUUGCACACCUGCUUCUUUUUUUUCUUUUUUCUUCAAUGGUUAUUGCUGCCAGUAUACCAGGAGCGAUGCAGCAGAAAAGGGGGCUGAAGUGGCGAUAGAUCCUGUUGAAUUGAGACCAGACGUCGAGACGCAUCCAAAAAGUGUCCUCCUCAGAGUGCGUCAGAGCACGGAUGUAUAUAGUGGAUGAUAUGGUCGCUGGUUGGAUACGACGAGGGAUUUGUGAUAUUAGUACCCCCCAAAAUCAAGACGGAAAUUUGGGCAAAAGCGAAGAACUGCAUCCUCACGUAGCCUACCUCCUCUUCCUCCUCCUCCUCCUCCUCCUCCUAUUUCUCCUCCAGCAGAUUUGUUUGUAGGGGGGCUGAGGCGAUUUCGUUUGGCCUCUUUUCACAUCUCCAGAGAGCGUCAGAGGAAUAAAGUCAUUCAGAUUCACCGGAGCUCUAUAAUAUAACAGCAAAUAUCCAAUUUUACAUCUCAUGACAUAAAAUGGCAACCAGGAGUGACCACGGAGGAUCAAAAGACGCAUUUAGGCGCAAGCCGCGGUCGUGGAGAAAUUAACCACCUGAUGGGCACCGGAGAAACCGAGGAAAGACUGUUUUGGUGUAGCUUGUUUACUUGGUGGUUUAUAAUGCUGAACAAAUAAAGGGCGCCGCAAGUUUGACACAGAGCGUCUGCGUAACAGGCUAUGCCACCGGUCCUUACAUAUUUUGGUAUCGGUAAUGAUGUCAUAAAAUAUUGGAGGCCUGUGUCUCCUACCAUGUAAGUAGCCACAUGGACUGCACUCAACAUGGACCUAAUUGAGGUUUGCUUGUUAUUGUGACAUUCUCCUAUUCACAACUGAUUGAUUGAGGAAUUCUCUCUCUGCGCGCUCCGAGCUGCAACUUUUAACCUCUGGCCUGCAUCCACGUCGCCCUGAGGCGGUUACUGUAGCACUCACGGACCGAACCGCUCAUUGAAUUAAAAUGGAGUUUGCCAUGGUGGGUGCGGACGGCGGGUGCAAUAGUCACCUGCCUUACGGAUAUGCCCAAGCUCGCGCACGGGAGAGGGAGCGAGAAAGGGAGCGCCAGGUUGCCCAUUCGAGAGCGGCGGCUGCAGCGGCCGCAACCGAAGGUGUGUCCGGUGGUGAGGGAGGAGGCGGCAGCGGCGGUGGCGGUGGCGGUGGCAACGGCGGAGUGGGGGGGUCCACCUCCACCUCCUCCUCGAGCGCUCAUCUCCUUAACAACCGCCAGCAUCAGUCUCGCGCCGCCUCCUCCGCAAACGCCAACUUGAGCGGCGGCGGUACCGCCUCGCGCCCCUCCUCCUCCUCCUCCUCCUCCUCCUCACAGCCGCCACAGCACCAGCAGGAGCCCGAGCAGCAGAGAGUUCUCAGAGAACGGAAAAAGCAGCACGGCGUCGGACGGUGGAGACGCAGCCGGACGACUCUCGGCGGGGACUUGCGCCACUCGGAGCUGGCGCUGCUCGGAUCCGAGGAGGACAUGAUGAUAGAGGAGGAAGAGGCAGAGGGAGCCGAGGAAGAGGAGGAGGAGGAGGUGGACCGGGGAAGUAAGAGGUCGAGUUUUCUGUGUAACAUGGAUGAUGACGAGGAGACCGUCUCACUCACUGACAGGCGCCCUCAGUCCGGAUACGAAAAUGUUUACAGUGAGUGCGGCUGCUGCGAGAGAGUUGUCAUUAACGUGUCGGGGCUGAAGUUUGAAACUCAGCUCAAGACUCUCACUCAGUUCCCGGACACUCUCCUGGGAGACCCUGACAAGCGAAUCAGGUACUUCGACCCGCUAAGGAACGAAUACUUCUUCGACCGGAACCGACCGAGUUUUGACGCCAUUCUUUACUUUUACCAGUCAGGGGGGCGGUUGAAAAGACCAGUCAACGUCCCGUUUGACAUAUUCUCUGAGGAGGUGAAGUUUUAUGAACUCGGGGAAGAGGCGAUACUCAAGUUUCGGGAAGAUGAGGGUUUUGUCAAAGAGGAGGAAAAACCUCUGCCAGAGGACGAGUUCAAGCGCCAAAUUUGGCUGCUUUUUGAGUAUCCGGAGAGCUCGAGCCCUGCCAGGGGGAUAGCAGUCGUGUCCGUCUUGGUUAUAGUAAUUUCUAUUGUCAUUUUCUGCUUGGAGACGCUGCCGGAGUUCAGGGAUGAAAAAGAGUAUCUACAGCCACGACACAACUCCUCUCAACCUGACCACGGAUUUACUCCUUUCAACGACCCGUUUUUCAUCGUGGAAACGGUUUGCAUUAUCUGGUUCUCCUUUGAGAUUAUAGUCCGUUUCUUUGCGAGCCCGAGCAAACCGGCUUUCUUUAAAAACAUUAUGAACUCAAUAGACAUUGUAUCCAUUUUGCCUUAUUUCAUAACCCUCGGCACGGACCUGGCGCAGCACCAAGGGAACGGGCAGCAAGCGAUGAGCUUUGCCAUCCUGAGAAUUAUCCGCCUUGUGAGGGUUUUUCGUAUCUUCAAACUAUCCAGGCACUCCAAGGGGCUGCAGAUCCUGGGCCAUACCCUGCGCGCUAGCAUGAGGGAGCUGGCCCUCCUCAUUUUCUUCCUGGUCAUAGGUGUCAUCCUGUUCUCCAGUGCGGUGUACUUCGCCGAGGCGGACGAACCCACCUCUCAGUUCACGAGCAUCCCCGACGCUUUCUGGUGGGCCGUGGUGACCAUGACAACAGUGGGCUACGGUGACAUGAAGCCCAUCACUGUUGGAGGAAAGAUAGUGGGCUCCCUCUGCGCGAUCGCGGGCGUGUUAACCAUCGCACUCCCGGUGCCGGUCAUAGUGUCCAACUUCAACUACUUUUACCACAGGGAGACCGAUAACGAAGACCAGACGCCAGUGGUGGAGAGCAUGCCCCCAAGCUGCCCGUAUUUCCCGGACUUUCUAAGGAAAUUCAAAGGCUCACCCUCUGGCUCCUCACUGGGUGACAAAGCGGAGUAUAUGGAGAUGGAGGAGGGGGUGACAGAGUCGCUUUGCGGGCUGGACAAGAGCCCCAGUAAAGGAAAUGGCACAGACAUAGGCAGGAAAAACAGUACUAACUCAAAAUCCAUUCAGACUGACGUGUGAUUACAAGUAGAGUUUCGUCUUUUUCCUUUUUUUCUAAAGAAGAAUACGCCCUACAAAGAUACUGUAUGCCCAAGAGCAGGUGGUCCCCCAAACACAAGUUUUACGCACGGCUCAGAUGCCGCGCGCGCGCGCACACACACACAGGUCACCAAUUGGAAGUUUAAAAUAUUUCAUUCUCUCCAUCUCAGAACAGUAGUCUCUCAAGGCCGAUUGACAUUUAGGAACAAUUAUGACCAAUAUUUGCCUAACGGGAAAUUUAAUAAAUUCAUCUAACCUGCGUGGGCUUCCAAAUCUGAUACAAAAUCGAAAUUCUAGACAAGACAGGCUAUGCAUUCGCACUUUAUGAGUUUCAUCUAUCAAUAACAGAAAGGGUAGAGAUGAUCGUUUUGCUGUUAUGCAAUAAAGUUAAUAUUUAUUUGCACUAAUGUAGAAUUUGCGCUGGGUCUGGAAUAUUUUUAUUUUAGAGACAGAAACUGUAGGCCAUGCAAAUGGCAAUAAUUUAGUAAUCCUCUCAUCACUUAGAUGAAGAAUGUUUGAGCAACUUCCUCAAAGAGAGCAAACUAUGGAUAUUAAUGACCUCUUUCAUGCGUUGCCAAUACAAAUUGGACUCCUAUAAAGGAAAAGCCCAAGACAGAUAAAUACCUUUGUUGCUGUUCCAAAACUUAAUAUUAAAAAAAGCUCAUUGAUAAGACAUAGCAUUUUGUCAUCAAAUAAUCCAGGGCUAGAAUUAUUUCUAUGACAUUUACACAAAUAUGCUUUUCCACAAUAGGCCAAAAAAAGGCCUUGUGUUGUUGACCCACUAUGAGAGCUAAGCACAGGAAUCAGCAGAGUUAAAAAUGGCUGGAGAAAUGACUUGCCCCGCCAGGUUUUGUAUGGACAGGCUUGGGGCCUCGAUGACAACCGUUUCCUUAUUUUUAUUUAAACCACCUCACAAUGACAAUAUCCCUUUACAUGGACGCAGAUGGAAAGCUAUAGCAAAAAUGACUCUGUUGUGGAAACUCCUGGCAGUGGAGUUUGCGAGCAACUUCCUCUCUUGUCCGCUGGACUUAGUGCACAACUUUUUUUUCUCCGGAGGACUAUGAUUAUCUCCGAGCUCAGAGGAUCAUCGGGAUGUGGAUGUCUUCCAAGCGCUGCCGGUUACAAGGAGAGGGAGAAUCACAUCACAGUUUUCUGGAAAUUGCAGAGAGCAAGCAAAACAUUGUGACUGGUCAUCAUGAGCACGAGUGGACACCGAAAAGCAACAACAACUGAACGGGACUCGGCAUUUGAACAAGUUGGGAUGAGAGCUACUGAGUGACAUCAGUAAACAAACCCUCGAGGGUUGAGACUGGAGUUGGCAGAUGAGUAAGUCGUGGCCCAAAAUGAUUGCCUUAAUUACUACACAUACACAGAUUUAUGAAGUGAUGAAACUAAGAGACUUAUAAAAGUUCAAAGAUGUUUUCUUUACAUGUGAUAAAAGUGUCUUGUAAGGAACAGAUGUGAAUAUUUUAAUAUGAUAGAGAUACGUUUGGUUGUAAUGUCGACAUAAUGUUUUAGUUGGGUCGGCUUCGUAGGUGUCAUUGGUUACUAAAUGGUGAGUUUGCUCUCUGCUUAUGUGCAGUCAGCAGCACGACUUAAUCUAUUUUUAUCUUGUUUCAUAUUGUCAACCAAACAAGGCUGGCCUGAGUUGCUCACUCAAAUGCUGGCAACAAACUCUUGAUUCACAUCGUGUCAUAACACAUGAAAAUCCUCAUUCAGAAAGUGUAUAGAGGGUUGGGAGAGACAUAUAUUGACUGGCUCAAUGCAACACACUGAAAUACAUCAGAAGAAUUUCCUCUUACAUUAAGAUCCACUUACACUAAAGUAAAGAUGUCAGGCACAUAAAACACGAUCAUAAAUAGCUGCCACACUUUCUAUCACGGUAAAACAGUGGAUGAAACUCGCUGGGCUUUCACAUCGAGAAUCAUCGACAUACAGAUAAAAUACCUUAGGUUUUUUUCUGAGAUGCAAAUUUAGAGCUGACCAGCUGCUUUGUUCAUAUGUUUUCACUUUGAAUUUAACUGUAUGCAAAAGUAACAUGGACGUGUGUUAUAUAUUUUUUUAAACCUAGCCUUGAUAAUUACAUAACCAAAGGUGAAACCCUGAAUUUAUUGUAUGUUGUUGACUUCUGGAAAAUGUUGUGAUAUAGAUGCACACUGAAUAGGAAAAAAAUGUAAAUAGCAGACAUUUAUACUUGUGUGUCCUAAGAUGUGUUGCAGAUAGAGUAAUUUGAGACUUUUUACUUUCUUUGACUGUUACGCUCAUCAACCAUAAUCAUCUGUGUUUGGUUUGUCCUCGCAGAUACAAUUAUGUUCCUCCUAUUGUUGCUGCUCCAACAUUCUUCAUUAUCAUAUUUUUGGCAGUUUCAUCUUCUUUUUUCUCUCCACAUACUGCCCAUUAAAAAUCCACCUAUUCAUUUAUUUGGCAUACUAAAACACAAAGUUGUUUGUGCAACUUUGUCUUAGACCUGCAGUGUUGUCCGUCAAUGAUUAGUAAUGUGUCCAUGCAAGUUUUAUUUUUGUUUUUGGAAGUAGUAGUAAGUUAUGUUGCACAUUUGCAUAUUUUAAUAAAGACAGUGUUUUAUUUUCCUAUAUUUUCCGUCAAAAACAUCCUUUAUAUACUGUGUCAACUAUAAUGGCACAUAAUAAGCUUGAACUUAGAGCGUUUGAUCUUAGUGUCCUUUUCCCUCAACUCCUAAAGAAAAUCCAAAGUUCACGUUCUUGCUCUUUUUCCUGAAAAUUAGUAUGUGUAAUUACCUCAAUAAUAGUAUCCCUAAGAAAAGCUGUUUACUGAAUGUUCCAGAUAUUUCCUUAGUGUCAGAAACACUUGUAACCACAAACUAGCCACAACAGUAAAAUAGAUGUCAAAGUUUACUUGGGAAAUCCUUAUGGGCAGGAUGUUUUUAAGGAAGGAGUAGAUACAAAUUUCGUUUGUCAUUUUUGCAUAUCAAAAGUUAAAACCAGAAUCACCAGAAUAUCCCAGCAAUGCUUAGGGAUUGUCAAAUCUGCAAAGUUGUUGUCUUGAAACUGAACAUGAAAGACAUUAAUGACAGUGAACUAUUUGUUAUAUUAUUCGGAGAAUCUAAAAAGUAAUAAAGGGAAAGCAAAGCUAACAAAUUUUACAACAAUUCAUCUGUUUUUUUGUUUUUUUUAUUUGGUAAUUUGGCAGAUAAAUUGAAUCCCCGCAAUGAGAUUAAAAGUAACUGCUUCCUCAAAGACAUUUGAGAAUAAAUAAACAAACUGCAGAAGAACACACUUGGUAAUAUGAUGCAUGAUGCUUUAAGUAGGUGAGUAAAACAACUACAAAACAGCAGACAUUAAUUUACCUUUUACGGUCAAAGAAAUAGUUUUGGGCAAUUAUAUGCUUUCUUGCCAAGAGUAAAAUGAGAAGAUUGCUAGGACUUUGAUGUAGGUAUAAUAAAUAUGAAGCUACAGUCAUCAACCAGUUAGCUUAGCAUAAAUAACUGUAUUUAUUUAUGCUUAUAUCAAUAGUUUAAGCCCAUCAACUUUAUAGUUCUGCACCAGGAACUCUAGCAUUUGGGUCAAGUAGUGGAUUAUCUGUUGGUUGCAUAGUAACCUCACGGUGACAACAAAACUUCAGUAAAUUAUCAAAAAAUGGAAGAAGCGAAGAAAUGUACAAAACCCCUGAUAAAGCCACAAUGUGUUGUUUUUACACUCACAAAUUAAACAAACAAGAUACAAAAUACUAAUUGGGGAGCUUUAAACUUGCAGGUAGGCAGAUUUAGUUGCCUUUUACAGAACAAGGUUGACUCUUCCCCCUGUUUCCAAUCUUUAUGCUAAGAUAAGAUAAUCAGCAACAAGGUACACGGUAGAUUUAUUCAUCAUCUUACAACACACCCUUAUAUAACGAGAUGAAACGUCAAACUAUUCCUUUCAGAGGUAAAUUAAAUGAAAAUAUGUGUAGAACUAUAUUUCCAAUGAUUUUAUUCCACUAAUCUUGUCAGAUUAUGUCACUCAAGCACAAGCUGUUCCACACCUUAGGAGCUCAGCCGGCAGAGGCCUUAGUUCUGGCCUGGGGUUUGACCAUGGAAAUAUGGACCAGCCUGAAGAUUUCAGAUGAGAUGACAGGCUGUAGCUAGCCCAGAUGCAGAACUAUCACACCAAUAGCCAAAUGUGGCCAGAAGCUACACUGAGACAAAUUAACCUAUCUAGUGAUAUAUUCUGCUACAACUCAGUAUUUCAAGGCAGCACAAAAGACGCUAAGCCAAAGACUAAUAUGCCCACAGGUUAAAACAAGAACAGGAUCAGACUGAGAGAUGAUCCUUGUGGCCACCGCAUCCCAUCAACCAGAACAAACAUGCACCAAAGGAGUCUGAAUGAAAUCUGUGUAACUGGGCAGUCUCUAACCCAUUUCCUCAAUCUACAAAUUAAAACAGUUUAUUUGGUUGGAGGCUGCAAUUAUGUCAAGUUGCACUGAUACAGCGCCCUCAGUUAAAUCUGCUGUCAACAGGAGAUCAGUAGUAACCCAGAGAAGAGCAGUGUACUAUAAUGUAUAAAGCAAGAAGAUAAUAAAGGUCGAUAGGCAGAUUUUGAAGCAGAUUGAAUAUUACAAGAACAAAAUAAUUUAUCCUGUUGUGUGAGCCGACUCGUGCACUGAAUAAAAAGGUCAUAAUCCACAGUUAUCCGCACGGAUAUUUAUAAAGAGGUUAUCCACGUCAUAUCAUGAGUGAAAAAGGAUGAGUGGAAAUAUAUCCUACGACUAAACAACAAAUUAAUUUUUUCUUUGACUAGUACUUUAAUAUUAUUUGGGAGGUUAACAGUUCGUAUGUGUGGGGUCCUUAGAUUAGACACAGAAGAAGAUGAGAGGAAAUCAUUUUAAUUCCGAUCACCUGCAAGCUACAUUUAUACUGUUUUUUAACACGAGCAAAAGUAGCUGUCAAAGCUAAUGGUCAGAGGAGGAGAUUCACCCAAUGCAGUUUAACUAAUAUUCAGUUAUACAAAAAAAAAUAACUAUUUAAAAGAAGAAUUGAACUCAUUUAAAAGGAAAUUCUUGUUGGGGAUUGAUUUCACAUUAAGAAGGGGUAUCCCUGUGUGAGAAACCACUUUUUUGUUAAAGCUGACAAAUGUCUGAGGCCUAAACAAGUCUGAGACUCCUCCAGUCCUCUGUGUUUUCCACAGAGCAACUAGGCAAGAUUAACUUUAGGACGAAUGCCUCCCCUAAUCAAUAAAAAAGGAUUUCUUCUAAACAAACUAACAACUGACCACAGAUCUCAAGCCAUACAAAACAACAGCCCAGUGUUAAGAUUUAGUGAUGUACUACAUUUCACGCUGCUUUCAGUGUUGCCAGAUUUUUCUCACACUAAACAGCCCAAUCAGAUCCUCAAGCCGGCAAGUCAUCAUAGAUAUAGCUAAAUUUUUAAUUUUUAAUAAUAUAUAAAAUAUGUGCUGGGAAGGAGCCUCAGGUUGUUCCUCUAUCCUGCGAUCUUUUGUUUUAUUUCUACAAUUACGCAAUCCCCAAAUCACCCAAAACAUGGUUACAGUAAUGAAAAAGUAUCUCAAUCAAACCUUUUGGAUAGCGAUUAAAUAUUAAAAUAUUCAUUUAUAAGAUCUGGUGAAAGGUUUAGCAGGUUAUUUAUCACAGAGCUGUAACUGAAUAAUAACAUGAAUACAGUAAAAAAGUGUCAACCUAGUUGUAAUAAACUGAAAUGUCAUUUGUUUUUACUGAUCAUCUGUUAUCAGUUGUGUGUGUGUGCUACUCAGAGGAGAGAAGAAGCCGAUUCACUGGAAAAUAGACAAAUGGUUAAAAUGAUCCAAAUCAUCACAAGCUGCCCAAAAGAAUUUUUAUCUACCCGAUCAAAUAAAAAGGAGAAAAGGUGGAUGGAAAACCCAAUCUGGCAACACUGACUGCUUUUGCCCAUAGUGAUAAGGAUGGAUGUCUUGAUGCCAAAACUGCUACUUACAACCGAGUUUGUGGUUCCUGUAUUGAAUUUGGUUUAAAAAAUAUAACUGAGCUGAGGGAGAUCUUUACAAAAGACAACCUGAGUAAGCCCAACAUCUUCACAUUGCACCCACUGCAGCACUGUUGACGUCUCCAUAUGGCUCCGUUUGAUGUUACGUACCACAGACACAUAUACAAAUAAAAGUAAUGCAUUAGUCUGAGGAUAAAAACUGUGUUUACUGUAACAUCCACAGCGUUAGAUAACACCAGGAACCCGUUUUAUGUCUUAAUCUUCUUAUAAACAAGGUGGCUUAUGAGGAGCACUGCAAAACUGUUGAACAGUGACGCAGUUUGUAUUUGUUUAGUACUAGUGCUGGAAAUUAUGCGACUGACUGGAUUUCGGGUUGUUUUGUACCAUCUGCCUCCUGCAGAACAGUAUUAGUGCUUUUUGCUGCAAAUACAGUGAUUGCAGUGUUUGCCUGGUCUCCUCUGUAUCAGGUAGGAGACAAACAUAAUGCUCUGCAGAAUUAAUGCAUGUUUGUUAUAAGGCCUUGGUAAACAGCUAGUAUCAGCAUAUCGCUCAUAUUACUGGGUUAAUAACAAGGCUAACACCCGUUACUUGAUUUGAGAAACACUCAGUGGUCAUCUGCACAAGUAUUAAAUUAAUUAAAAGAUUACACAUUCUUUCAGAGAUUAUGAUUAAAUGAUAAAAGUCUUCAUUAGCUUAAACAUUGCCCAAAUUUAACACACCUGGAACACCUUUCAUUUUAUGGCUCAUAGUGAAGGGAUUUAUGUGCUGUAAAAAUUAUAGUCGUUAGAAAGAAAUCAGCAUUUCCAUCUGUUUGAUGACAGCCACAGAACUGACACGGUAUAGUGUAGGGUGUGGUUUAAGUAUAAAACCAGUUACACACACACACCCACAUACACAUCUGGUAUGUGGUCAGAGCACCUGGAGAGUCACACAAGGCAAAGCAACCUCUGUUUGCUUCAGGACUGCCUCUCCUGGCUGCCACUGUCCUCUCAAGGUAUCUCAAAGGGCCAUGUGAACACCCACAGCCCUCAUUCAUCAAGCUAUAGGACAUUCUUUUAUAGUAGAUGAAAUCAAAGAGAAAUCUACUAUUUUGAUUUUUUCAAGAAAGAAUGUCAAACAUGCUCUGUUUCCAGCUUCUCAAAUGUGAGGAUGCUUUUAAUUUGCCAUAUGUGAUAGUAAACUGAACAUCUUUUGAGUUUUAGACUGUCAAAUAAACCAAGCAAUCUGAAAACAUCUUUUUGAGCUGUGGGAAAUUAUAUUUUUCACUAUUUUCUGACAUUUUAUUGACAAAAUGCCCCCCCCCCCUCAAAAAAACCCCAUAAUUGGCAGAUUUAUAAACAAUAAAAAUAACCGUUGCUUGCAGCUCUAAUAGAAAACAACAUGAAUUUUAUGAUAUUAUGUAAUUUCCUCAUGCUCUGGGAUAAAUUCUCUGUGCUCUGUGAUAUGUCAAUGUAAUGUUUCAUAUCAUAUUUGAUAAUCAAAAGCUAAAUGCUCAAUGCCCUGGGAGCUCAAUGCAUUGCAACAUGCAAAUAGACAAAAUACAAGCAAAUGAAAACACCCGUUCAUCAACACUGUAUUUACAAAAAAAAAGUGCAAAGAAAUAAAACAUGGUUAGACACCCAAAUACAGAAAAAUAUUGCAUAUGCGUUGUCAUGUUGGUGAAGAUGUGUUUACUUUAAUUGCAGAGUGUUGAUCUCUCGGGGCAUUAAAAGUUUGAUUUAACAGCCUGCUGACAGUUUUAAAGAUGUGCAUGCUCCUUUGGGAAGCACAGACAGAACAUGAAUGGAUGAUUACAUGCUGUGUACUUUAGCCUGUAUAGACCAAUUACUGUGGUGACAUGUGGUAACCGCAGCAGAUCAUUUGUCAUGUUACAUUCAACAGACUACAUGUGGGGCACAGCACAUUUCCCCUCAAUAAGCCUCCAAAUCUACAAGCCAAGAAUCAUUAAGCAUGUAUAAUUUUGAUUGUGUAAAUGGCCUUUUUUAUUUAUUUAUUUAUUUUACACAAGAUGUCUCUGUUUUUUCAAUCUACAGAGUAAUCUGCAUCAGCUGUGAAGCAACCAUGACAAGUAUCUUUGGAUAAUUUAGCUGUAGUUUCUGAACUUUACUCCACGAAAGCUUGAUGACGGAGGGCCGCUGUGUGUAAAACAAAAUAAUGAAGUACACAGAUAAAGACAAAACACACAAAUGAAGAAUAUGAAUUUGACAGGACAAGGGUGGAAUUCACACCCAUAAUAAUCAGGUCUAUGCAAGCUGGUGCAGUUUGGUCAGCCAAGGCCAUGGUCACAUUUAUAUAUGAUGGUUAUAAUCCAGUAUAUCUACAUUAGUCAUUAUGAUUCUCACAAUCAUCUCACCUGCAGAGGGAUAAACUAUCUACACUCAGCCAGCAGAGAUGUUGCUGCACUGCUGCUGUGCUUUAUUGACGGCAUAUGGAUAAUUUUCAGUAAUGGCGAAUACAAAAUAGUUUUUUGGGACAAUGGUGGUGCAUUUGUUUUAAUGUUACUGCUUCACCUAUGUGUAUGCUUAAUAUUCAAACUGUUCAUUAGCCACUGCCUUGUCACACAUAAAAAGGAGGGAAAUCUUUAUCAAUCAGCAAAGGAAAACUGACAGUAACAAACAUGUAAAAUAUUUCUACAGUUCAGGUGUUGAGAAAUAUCCAUGUGAGUUUUGGCCAGCCUUGCUUUUAUUCUGCAUGAUGCUUUGUUUUGAGAAUAAUGCAUCCUAAACCAAGGUAUGUUCGUGUUCUUUUCCUGAGGGUGCUCCUCUCUCUUUCUCUUUCUCUCGCGCUCUCUCGUCACUUCUAACCUUAAUAUUCCUUGUUUGUUUUUUUCUUCUUUGUUUAAUUUUUUUGGUAAACCUUCCAACUUCUGGAUUUUCUACACUCAUAACAUUUUGUAGACAGCAAUAUGAGAUGUGAUUGAAAAAUGGAAUAUGUGCAAUGUUGACUAAAGAAAAAUAUAAUAUAUUCAAUAAAAAUUCAGAAAACA